AUGAAUUUAUCUAUUCUGUCUUGGAAUGCACAUGGAUGUGCGUCGGAUAAGUUCUUGCGUGCUUUUCGCGAAUAUAAUUUUCAAUACAAGCCAAACAUUAUUAGUUUUCUAGAACCACGCAUUAGUGGGUCAAAAGCUGAUUUAAUUAUUGCGAAGAUUGGCUUGGAUAAGGCACAUUAUGUUGAAGCAGUUGGUUUCUCGAAAGACUCGUUCCCAAGGUCGAUUCUUAUUGCUUUUAUGUAUGGGAGCCUAGAUAAGGACCUCCUUUUAUGUGGCAUCGUGGUACUCUUUCGGAAAGAUUUGGUAGGGCAAUUUCUGGCUAGCUGGUUGCCACAUCAUAAUUUCUCUGAUUUCGUUAAGGAAAAUUGGAGUUUUUAUGGGAACAUGACCAAUGCUAUUGCUUGUUUCACGGAUAGACUUACGAACUGGAAUAAUUGUGUUUAUGGCCAUAUUAGCCAAAGGAAACGUCGUUUGGUGCACAAGCUCUCCAAUGUACAACGUACCGUGGAUCUUUUAGAGUCUAAUUCUCUUCGGCAUAAAGAAUUUAUAAUCCGGGAGGAGCUUAAAAGCAUUCUUUAUCAUGAAGAGAUUUUCUGGAAGCAAAAAUGUGGAUUUUUUGGGCGUAAUGUUACGAGUGAAGAAAUUAAGGUUGCUCUCUUUGACAUGGAACCUUUUAAAGCCCCUGGUAGUGAUGGGUUUCAGGCUGGUUUUUUUCAGAAGCAAUGGGAGAUUAUUAGAGAGGACAUAUGUGAUUGGGUUAAAAAUGUCUUUGAUGGUGAAAUCAUUGAUCCUGAAUUUAAUAAUACUCUUAUUGUGUUAAUUCCCAAGGUUCAGAAUCCAGAAAAUUUCUCUCAAUUCAAGCCGAUUAGUCUUUGUUCUGUCCUAUACAAGUUAGUCAUGAAGAUUAUUGCUAAUAGAUUUAAGAAAUUUUUGCACACUAUGAGAGUUAAGAAGAGCCUCCAGUGGAUGACUAUUAAGAUAGAUUUGGAAAAGGCGUACGAUAUGGUUAGAUGGGACUUUGUGGAGGCUUCGCUCAUUACAGCAGGAGUUAAUAUAUCUUCAAGAAAUGAGAUCAAGGACAUACUCGGUUUUCACGAAGUUAAUAACUUAGGUCAUUAUCUCGAGGUUUCUCUUUUUCAUAUAAGAGUUACCAAGAGUAUCUUGGAUUUUUUGGUGGAAAAAGUUCGGAAUAGACUCUCGAGUUGGGAUGCUAAAAGCCUCUCUUUUGCUGGAAGGGUCACCUUAGCACAGUCCGUACUGUUGGCUAUUCCAAGCUAUUUCAUGCAAUCUUCCCUUGUUCCUAAGGGAGUCUGUGACACUAUUGAAGGUCUUAUAAGACAAUUCAUUUGGAGGGCCACGGAAAGUAAAAGGAAGAUAGCUUUAGUUAAAUGGGAAAACCUUUGUCAGCCUAAAGAUAAUGGAGGCCUUGGUUUUCGUCGUUUGAGUGAUCAGAACAGUGCUUUUAUGAUGAAACUUGGUUAUAAUCUUAUUUUUAAGAUUGGAACUCUUUGGGUUCAAGUUCUAAGAGGCAAGUAUGGAAUGAAGGAGAGUAUGCCUGACUCUAUUAUAAGGAGCAAUUGUUCUUAUAUGUGGAGAGCUGUUGCUAGAGCUUGGCCUCUGUUGCGUAGCUUUAUGAUUUGGUCCAUUGGUGAUGGUAAGUCUGUUCGCUGUUGGAAGGGUUGUUGGGUUCCUGAUAAAGGACCUCUCAAAAAUUAUGUGUCGGGAUAUGGUUUUUUCGAUCCUAAGACCACUGUUAGUGAGAUGGUUUUGCCUAAUGGGGUGUGGAAUCUUGCCCUUUUUAGAUUAUGGUUACCUGAAGAUGUGGUGGAGCGCAUCAUUAGCAUUCCUCCUCCCAUGAUUCAGGCUGGAUCGGAUUGUCUCUCUUGGUCAAGAACGACGUCUGUGAAGAGUGCUUUCAUGUUUUGA